AUGCUGCAGGCUGCACCGUCAGUGCAAUUCGAGAUUGCGAUCCCAGAGCUCUCCGUCGAGAAACGGAGCGAAUACUCGGUGGUAUAUAGCAGUGUCGUCGAACAGAUUACGGGUGUUUCUGAUUUUGGCCAAGAUCCGCUCCAAUACGAUGUUGAAUUCACUGAUGGUCGCGUUGAUUCGUUUGAAACUGCCGAUAUUCUCGAGUAUAUCAACGGUGAAGAGGCCCUGCAGUCAUAUCAAGAUACACUGGACAUGACCGCAGCCGAUCGCAAGCGCAAAUUCGCCCCCGACGAGGAGUGGGAUCCUGAACUGGGUGUUACCGCCUUUGAUGCUGGAGGUCUCGACGAGGAAGAAGAAGAUGACAUAAUCUCCAGUCGCAGGCGUCCAUCUCGUCCAAUUCGCGUCUUGCGCUCUCGGGAGGCGAGUAGCCGCCCGAGUCAUGCUGGCGAUUCCAUUAACUCGGAGGGUGAAGAUGAAGAUGGCUUGACAGAAACCAACCAGCCAACGCGGAACCUCCGAAAGCGAAAACCCAUACAACUGAGACUCACCAACAUGUCGUUCAAUACUAGCCUUAUCGACCAAGAUCUGGAUGAACUGGCGCUGGAUUCUCGCCAAUCCUCAGAAGAUGAAGACACCUUUAUGCCCGUUGUGUCUGACCUCGCAUUGAAAAAGGGCCGCCCCAGCAGAGCUGUGCAGCGUUCCCGUCGACUAAGGAAGCAGAGAGAAAACAAUGCCAGAUUGUCCCACAGAAGGUCUGGGGACUCCGAUAUUGAAUUUGAACAGCCUCGACGGUCUGCAAGAGCCACCAGAAACCAGAUGAGUAUGCAAGACGACGCCUUUAUGGACGACGAUUCGUUCUACGUGGCAGAGGAAAAGGCAUCUACACCAAAGAUUAUUUCUGUCAGAGAAGUUUUUCAACCAAUCUCUGCAGACUCCACCUUUGGUUCCGUACAUAUGCAGUCGUGUCAUACCUGUGGGGGCUCAAAGCAGCGCGGCCAACUGCUAUACUGUCAAGGGUGUUGUUUAGCUUAUCAUAAGAACUGCAUUGGGUAUAGAAGCAAUCGAGAGCAUAUGGCUACCAAAGUUGGAGAAGAAGAUUUUGUACUCCAAUGCAGAUUCUGUCUCAAUACCCACUCGAAGAAAGAUAGCAGUGCACCAAGACAUAGCUCCUGCCAGGAGUGCAAGAAAGACGGCCGAUCCUGCGCCGCUUUUUCUCGAAAAAAGACUGCCCGACAGGAAGAAAAACUGCGUGAAGAGAAUGGUGGUGUCGACCCCGUCACCCCAGUAUCACCUGAGCUCGUUAACAACGCCGACAAUGUACUUUUCCGUUGUACUACCUGUCACCGCGGGUGGCAUCAAGAGCAUCUGCCGUCCAUAGGGAAUGAUCCAAUUGGAACGGAUGUCAAGUCUGAACGCCUUAAGGAUUACUCAGUCGACUGGCGAUGUAAUGAUUGCAGUUCUACUAGAAGCAAGAUUCAUCGUCUGGUGGCGUGGCGACCUGUGCGCCAGUGUAAUCCCUCACCAACUUACGGAGAUAUCAAUGAAGACGAGAGGGAAUAUCUCAUUAAAUGGCAAGACACCUCAUUUGCCCACUGCUCUUGGGCCUCUGGAGCUUGGGUGUUUGGCGUGAGUGCCGGCACUAUGCGAUCCUCUUUUGCAAAGCGAGCGCUUGAGCAGGAUCUUUUAAAGCUCACCAGCGAAGAGGCUGUUCCAGACGAAUACAUCACCCCCGACAUCAUUUUUAAUGUCAAAUCGGACGACCUAGGUCCACUGGGGAAAUCAAAAGCAGAGGAUCUUGCCAAUAUCUCCCGGGUCAAGAAAAUCCUGGUCAAGUUUCAUGGCCUUGGUUAUGAUGACGUUGUAUGGGACUCUCCCCCUACCGCAGAUAAACCUCGACUCUACAAGGCCUUUGUAGAAGCAUACCGCGAAUACAUUGAAGGCAAAUACUUCCAAAACGACUCCCCUCAGAAGAUGAAAGAGCGCAUCAGGUUGUACAAAAAUACUCGAUUCGCAGAAGUGGACACGCAGCCCGCUGGCCUUACUCGAGGAAAGCUAAUGGGCUAUCAGAUAGAGGGUCUCAAUUGGCUUUUGCAAAAUUAUCAUCAAAGCCGAAGUGUCGUUCUAGCAGACGAAAUGGGAUUAGGUAAAACAGUUCAGGUCGUCGGUGUGGUAACCUCCCUGGUGCAGGACACGCCUAAAUGUUGGCCCUUCCUCAUUGUAGUCCCCAAUGCUACCUGUGCCAACUGGCGUCGAGAAUUUAAACAAUGGGCUCCGGGUGUCAGGGUUGUUGCUUAUCAUGGAGGCAAAGAGCCCCAAGAUCUCGCUUAUAAAUAUGAACUAUUUCCAAAUGGUUCUGGAGACCUGAGAGCUCAAGUCGUCAUCAUGUCCUAUGACUCGGCUCAAGAUCCACGGACGUCUUCUCUUUUCAAGUCCGUCAGCUGGAAAGGACUGGUUGUUGAUGAGGGCCAGCGGCUGAAGAAUGACCAAAACCUUCUCUACACUGCCCUGAAGUCUAUGAAGAUACCAUUUCGACUAUUGUUAACUGGUACACCACUGCAAAACAACAAGAGAGAGCUCUUCAACCUCUUGCAGUUCAUAGAUGAGAAGCAAAAUGCAGAGAAACUGGACGAGGAAUAUGCUGUUUUAGACAAAGACAAUCUUCCUAAGCUGCACGAGAAAAUUCGGCCGUAUUUUCUACGAAGAACAAAGCUCGGUGUUCUCAAGUUUCUUCCUCCCAUGGCACAGAUUAUUCUCCCCGUUACCAUGACUGUCAUUCAGGAGAAGCUCUCAAAGAGCAUCAUGGCGAAGAAUCCACAGCUUAUUCGAGCUGUCUUUGCAAAGAGUAAAAUGAAUGCAAAGGACCGUGGUAGCUUGAACAACAUCCUGAUGCAGCUGCGCAAAUGUUUAUGCCAUCCUUUCAUGUAUUCCGAGGCAAUUGAAGAGCGCCAUCACGACCCAAAGGUUCUCCAUCGCAAUUUGGUAGAGGCAUCUGCCAAACUUCUAUUAUUGGAAAUCAUGCUGCCCAAGUUGAAGGAGCGAGGCCACCGCGUUCUCAUAUUUAGCCAGUUUUUGCAGCAGCUUGACAUUGUCGAAGAUUUUCUUAAUGGAGUUGGCUACGGAUACCGUCGUCUAGAUGGAUCUAUUUCUGGCUUGGAGAAGCAGCGACGCAUCGAUGCCUUCAAUGAGCCCGGCUCUGAACUCUUUGCCUUUUUAUUAUCGACUAGGGCUGGUGGUGUUGGGAUCAAUCUUGCAACAGCGGACACUGUCAUUAUCAUGGACCCCGAUUUUAACCCCCAUCAGGAUAUCCAGGCACUGUCUCGUGCUCACCGCAUUGGUCAAAAGAAUAAGGUCCUGUGCUUUCAGCUCAUGACCAAAGAUUCGGUAGAGGAACGAAUCAUGGAAAUUGGCCGCAAGAAAAUGGCUCUGGAUCACGCACUAAUCGAGAGUAUGGAUGACGAAGAGCUUGAAGGUGCUGACUUGGAAUCGAUCUUGAAGCACGGUGCCCAGGCCUUGUUCGACGAGGAUUACCAGAAGACAGCCAUUCAUUAUGAUUCCGCCUCUGUCGACAAGCUCUUGGAUCGCUCUCAGAUGGAACAGACUGCGGCGAAUGACGACAACUCCGCCGAAAGCCAGUUUACCUAUGCCCGUGUAUGGGCUAAUGACAAGCUUGGAUUUGAGGAGAAUAAGGAAGUUGGAGAGGAUCAAGCUCCAGAGCCCAUCAGUUCUAGUGUCUGGGACCAGAUUCUUGCUCAAAGAGAAGAGGAAGCCCGGAGAGAAGAGGAGGCCAACAAAGAAGUCCUCGGACGUGGUGCAAGACGGCGCAUGGCUGUCAACUAUGGAGCAAAGGGCACAGAUAAUCUGGCGGUAGUUGGCGACGUCGCUGUUGAGUCUUCAGACUCUUCUGACGACUUUGACGGGGCAAAUAUGCCUGAAUCUGACGACGACAAAUCCGAUGAUGACAUGAACCCCGCGAACAAAGGUAAGGAACUAGAAUAUCUGCUUACACAAAACCCAAGUUUAUCAUUCUUUCUCGAGCAACCAAUGAAAGACUCUAAAGCUAACGAACAAUUUCAGCCGUGA